UCUACUAACACUUAGGGCUCAAGUGCAGAUAGGUGUGACAGGUGGAAGGCGAUUAAUUAACGAGAAACACGUGAAAAACUGACGUGUUGUGAAAAGCGUGUCGGAAGCUGGUGUCUGGAGUGCUUGGCUUUUGUUGAUAUUCUGAAGCACUAUGGCGAUCCGGCCCCUCAAGAAACCCAAGAUUGUCAAGAAACGGAUUAAGAAGUUCAUCCGCCAUCAAAGUGACCGCUAUGUUAAGAUAAGGCCCAACUGGAGGAAGCCCAAAGGUAUCGACAACAGGGUGAGGCGGAGGUUCAAGGGACAGUACCUCAUGCCCAAUGUUGGCUAUGGGUCGGCCACCAAGACCAAACAUAUGCUGCCCAACGGCUUCAGGAAGGUUCUCAUUCACAACGUGCGGGAGCUGGAGGUGCUGAUGAUGCAAAAUAGAACCUUCUGCGGGGAGAUCGCUCACGGUGUGUCGUCUCGCAAGCGCAAGGAAAUCGUGGAGCGCGCCAACCAGCUGUCCAUCCGCCUCACAAACGGUUCUGCACGCCUCAGGACGGAGGAAUCCACCUAGACCCAUGCGGAUGCUUGUGGAUGAGGGACAAAAAAAAAACUUUGUAGCAGCCGUUUUGUGAGAAAUAAAGUGAAUGUGUUUUGGGAGAGCUAC